GCUGUUGAAACGGAGGCAUCACUUUCAACAGCCACGCGCAAGCACGAGAGGAAGCGGCAAAUAUAGCAAAUAAUAAUAAUUACCAUUGCUUUGCUUAAACAUUCAAGAGUUUGCUGACUGAUUUCAUUCAGAGCUCUGGACAUUUACAUCAGCAUUACGUAGUAGGCGAGACACUAUGGAGAUUUAUGACAAAAACCCUUCUUCCGACGACGUCCUUCCUGUUGUCAUUAUUGGUAAUGGACCAUCAGGUAUUUGUCUAUCUUACUUGCUGUCGGGAUACACGCCUUACCUUUCCCCCAAUGGCUUCCAUCCCAACCCCAUUUUGAAAAGCAAACUGUCAGAGAACCCCCAUCUGUCUCUGUUUGACCAGAAUCUAGAGUACCUGUGUGAAGGUGUAGAGGGUCGUUCAUCCAACCCUGUGGCCGUUCUUUUCGAUGCCCUCCUCCUCCCUGAUGGUGACUUCGGAGUAGACAGUGCCUCACCGCUGAUAUGGCAGUACGAGCCACAAAGGGCCACCCCACAUCUUGUACUGGGGAAGGGGCCACCUGGUGGGGCCUGGCAUGCAAUGGAGGGCUCGAUGUUGACUCUCAGCCUGGCAAACUGGAUGGAACUUCCAGGUUUGAAGCUGAAAGACUGGAUGCGAGAUAAACGAAGGAAUUUACGUAAUGACCGAGCCACGCCAGCUGAGAUUGCAUCCUACUACCAGUACUAUGUAAGCAAAAUGGGACUGGAGAGAAGCUUUGCUUGCGGGACCACUGUAACCUCAGUCCAUCAGGUUUCCCUUGAUUCCGCCCGCUCCAUCUGGAAAAUCCAAGGCCUUCAGAGGAGAGCUAAGGGUGAAGCAAAAGAAGAGAUAGAAGUUCCAUUCUCCGUUUAUGCAGAUAAUGUGGUGCUUGCCACAGGAACCCAUGACAUCCCAGCACGUCUUGGCGUGGAGGGCGAGAAUCUUCCCUUUGUGUGCCACAGCUUCUGGGAACUGGAGGCCGCCAUUUCCUCAGGCCGUUUGGACCACGCCUCCGAGCCGGUUCUUGUGGUUGGUGCUGGGCUGACAGCAGCAGAUGCUGUUCUUGCAGCUCACCACUUGAACACUCCCGUAUAUCACGCCUUUCGGCGACCUGUGACCGAUCCGGCGCUCAUUUUCAACCAGCUUCCCAAACUGCUCUACCCCGAGUACCACAAAGUGCACCAAAUGAUGAGCCAGCAGCAACAUAAACUCGGAGAGGCGUUGGAAAAUCUGUCCAACCAACCUCUCACUUCGCCUACCGAUGGCACAAGCCCUUACACCAGUUAUCCUGGUUACCUCAGUUUCCCUAAGCAUCACGUGGUUGCCAUUAAACCUGAUGGUAAGUGCAUACUAGAGGGUGAGGGAGGGCUACAAACAGUGCUGCAGGUGUCAAUGGCACUCAUUUUGAUUGGUGCUCAUCCCAACCUAGCGUUUCUCUCAGAACAUGGUCGCCCACUGGGGCUAAACCCAGAAAAGCCAAUCAGCUGUCGGCGGAAUCCAUUAGACGUGGAUCCGUACACGUACGAGAGCAUGAAGGAGCCAGGGAUGUAUGCAAUGGGACCACUGGUGGGUGAGAACUUUGUGCGAUUCCUGAAAGGCGGAGCUUUAGCCAUUGCAUGUGACAUUGCCCAUAAACGGAAGACGAAACAACAAAGUUCAACAGAAACUUCCAUCACCAACUCGUUAAACAUUCAGCUGACCAAUUGCACCUUAGAAGCAUGAAAAGACAUUGAGAGUACAAAAGAUGGAAAGACUUUUAAGGAGGAAAUGAGUGGAUGAUGUUCUAUGUUCAGUAGGUAUCUGCUCAGCUUCCUUCCAUCACUAUAGAACUAAGAAACCGAGUAGUACCCACAUAGUGGGAUUUCCCCGAAUUACGGGGUGAAAGGCAUAAGAACCAGAUUGCAGUUGUUGUGACCUGUAAUUCAGUCUGCAAAUGCACUGACACAGGUUUUUAUUGUCAAUGACUAACUAAUGUGGCUGCAAAACAUUAAUCUAUGGACAGAAUGUAGGUGCUUUAAGACUUCAGGGAAUUUCUUGUACAUGGCUGCUCAUUCGAUAUACUACUCGCGUUCUCUCAGCAAUCACGUUCUGUUGUGCCAAAUUAACAUUUGUACUUGUCAUGCUUCAAUUCUAACAACCAUUUUCUUCAUGUGAGUAAAACUCAUCUAAACUUUGCCAAGCAAAUGCUGCUGUUGUACCGCUGUUGGUACUAACAUGCUUAUUUUCUUUGUAGACGAAUGUAUUAAACAUAGUGGACCUAUUUGUAAGAAAUCACUGAAAUCUAAGCAUUGCAUUGUUGUUGUGAAAUUUCCAUGUAUAAGAUGUAAUGCAGUGUGAUAUGUAAGAUUAUGAUGGAACUUUUGUAUAUUCAUAAUUCUCUUGCAACAUUGUCCAUUUGAGUUCAUGAACUUCUUUUACAUUUUAAUAUUUGGUAUUAUCUUUAUUUGAAUGAUUUUUGUCUUCCAUACAUUGCCUUCCCAAUUACACUGCCCUACAAAGCCAAAACACUGUAACUAUGGCAACACUGAAACUUUAGAGGAUUUUAAAUUGUCCAUCCAAAUGUGGAUUAUUACAUUUCUUUGAAUCUGAGCAUAGUUGAAUAAAAUCCAUCUGUGACAGGACUGAUCAUAGUCGGUCUGAUUUAAAAAAAACAACAACAAAAAAAAAACGUUUUACAAUGUUAAUUAUUACAUUUUGCCUUUGCAGGGCAAUACAGCAUACCACUAUAGUGAUCCCAUUGGUUCUACCAGCAAACUCGACUUGAAUAUCUAAAGUGAGGGCUCUUAACAGUUAUUGCAACUUUAAGAUGUUCUUCUUUCAUGCUGCUCUUACUAACCCAAAGCCAAAACCUCAUUGAGGUCAGGCUGCACUUACAAAACUGACCAUAAGAGGGCCUUUGCACAGUACCGAUAAAGCCAGCGACAUUACAUUAAACACAAUUAUCCAUGUGGAACAACUGCAAUUAUGACAUAAUAUGAAUGAAUAAAUUAUGUGUCCUACAUAACAUGCUUAAUAAAGCCGAUGUGUUAACUGAUGUGGGUCAAAAUUGACUCAGCCUCUGAGAUUGCCUUGAGGACUUUUUGAUGCAAUAAGUGAGUUAUUAUAGGUAAUGAAUUGAACUGUAUUUUCUUUAAAUGUUGUAAGGUUUAAUAACAUAUGCAUAUCUUGUUCCUUCAAGAGCAUGAUUUUAGACUCCAUUUUGACAUUUGCUCUUUCUUUAUAUAUAUAUAUAUAUAUAUAUAUAUAUAUAUAUAUAAAUGAAUUCUGUAUUAUUUGGCUGUAAUUUAUGAUCCCUGGCAGCUCUGAAUUACACAUGUUUGUAAAAAAAC